AUGGCCCUCAGUAUCCGGCAGAAGAGGGUGCGAAGAAUCUCCGGAGACCCAGUACAUGGGGUUGUGGUGCAAGGCCCUGUGGAUGGUCUGGCUACUGGCACCCCACUCUAUAGUGUGGCGGUGCAAGGCACUAUAGAUGGAAGGACUACUUGUAGACCAAGGGGUUGGAGGUUUGGUACCUGGAAUGUAGGCACGUUGACAGGAAGAAGUUUGGAAGUGGUGGAGGAGCUGCAGAGGAGAAUGGUUGACGUGGCUGCAUUACAGGAGAUCAGAUGGAAAGGUGAGGGUACAAGGUUUGUGGGGGCUAAAGGUGGAAGAUAUAAGUUGUGGUGGAAGGGGGAUGAUGGUAUGGGAGGAGUUGGUGUGAUGGUAAGAGAAGAGUUGGUGGAGAAGGUGUUGGAAGUGAGGCGGAGAAGCAAUGGUGUAAUUGUGGUGGUGAUGGUGUUUGGAAAAGUAAUAGUGAGGGUGAUAUCAGGAUAUGCUCCGCAACAAAGUAGGAAGGAAGAGGAGAAAGAUAGGUUUUAUGAUGUUUCUGACGAGAUUGGGCAAGCGGGGUUGAAUGAGUUUGUGGUGUUGUUGGGUGAUUUGAAUGGUCAUGUGGGGGCGGAUGCAGACGGAUAUGAAGGUGUACAUGGGGGAUGGGGAUAUGGUAUACGGAAUGAGGAAGGGCGUAGAGUGUUGGAGUUGGCGGAUGCACAUAGCAUGGUGGUGGGGAAUACUUGGUUCACAAGGGAACCAGCGCGAUUGAUUACUUAUAG